AUGCGGUUCUCUGUGACAGCCCUUGCGGCCUUGGCUGCUGUCUCCUCCAUUCCCCUUGCAUCCUCGUCCGGUGCCACUCCUCUCCACGAAGCCGGUCGAUGCGCGCUCCGAGGUCAUUGCGGCAAACAAGGGUUCUUUGGCUCCGAUUUGCCCUGUCCUAACAAUGGAAAAGCCACCACUCCCUCGGACGUCGUUCGCGAGAAGUUGGUUGGCCUUUGCGGAGCAAAAUGGGCGGACAUUGAUGUGUGCUGCGAAGAGGAACAAGUCGAUGCCUUGAACAAGAACCUGAAGCUUGCCGAGAGGAUCAUCGCCUCCUGCCCAGCUUGCAAGGAGAACUUCUUCGACAUAUUCUGUACCUUUACCUGCUCCCCAGACCAGUCCUUGUUCGUCAAUGUUACCGCAACCGGCAAGGCUUCCAACGGCAACGAGGUGGUCACGGAACUGGACAAUCUAUGGUCGCAGAACUACCAAAGCGGCUUCUAUGAUAGCUGCAAAGAAGUCAAGAACGGAGCCAGUGGAGGCAAGGCAAUGGCCUUCAUUGGGGGUGGUGCCAAAAAUUAUACCGAGUUCCUCAAGUUUCUGGGUGAUAAGAAGCUCCUGGGGAGUCCAUUCCAGAUCAAUUUCUUGGAACGGCCCAGGUACGAUGACAGCCAGGGCAUGAAGGCGAGUGAUCUUCGAGUCUACGCCUGCAACGACACCGAUCCCCAGUUCCGCUGCAGCUGCGUUGAUUGUCCAGAAGUUUGUCCUACUCUGGAGCCGGUCAGCUCCGCCCAAUACUGCCAUGUCGGGAAAUUGCCGUGUUUGUCGUUCUCCAUAAUCAUCAUCUACUCGAUAUGCUUAUUGCUUCUCAUCACGGCGAUAUCAGGGCAUGUGGCAUAUCGCAGGCACAAACAACGGAAGACCGAAAGACUCCAGCUACUGCAGGAUGCGGCACCGAGCGAUAGCGAGGACGAGGGGGAUCUAGUUCACGAUGCUGGACUGUUGGAAAGACCACAAAGAAACUACUACUUGAAUCAGAUCCUUGAUCGGGCAUUCAACAAAUUGGGCGGGUUCUGCGCUCGCUAUCCAGCGUUAACAAUUGGCACGAAUCUCGUGUUCAUCGGCCUGCUCAGUCUCGGCUGGCUCCGGUUCGAGGUCGAAAGGGACCCGGUACGCCUGUGGGUGAGCCCGACCUCAGAUGCAGCUCAGGAGAAGGCUUUCUUUGAUGCAAACUUUGGUCCUUUCUACAGAACCGAGCAGGCUUUCUUGGUCAAUGACUCCGCUGGGACGAACAGUACCGUAUUGAGCUAUGAGACCCUCGACUGGUGGUUCGACGUUGAGGAUCGCAUCUCACGAAUGAUGACACCUGAAAAUGGGAUCACACUAAAAGACGUAUGUUUCGAACCUACCGGGACUGCAUGUGUGGUCCAAUCCGUCAGUGGUUGGUUCGGAGCCGGAUUGACCAGCGACUGGAAAGAGCAGAUUGAGCUUUGCGCUGGCCACCCGGGAGAUCAGAGAUGCCUGCCAGAAUUCAUGGAUCCGCUGCCGCCUGGCCGCAUUCUGGGCGGUUACGACAGCGUCAACAACAUCGCCAACUCACGAGCAUUGAUCACAACGUGGGUUAUCAACAAUGAUCAGCCCGGUACACAGGCGGAGGCCAGAGCUGAGGAGUGGGAGCGCUCUCUCAAGCAUGAUCUACUAAUCUAUCAAGAAGCUGCCCAAGCUCGAGGUCUGCGGUUGUCCUUCAACACAGAAAUCAGUUUGGAAGAGGAGCUGAACAAAUCGACGAACACAGACGCUAAGAUCGUGGCGAUCAGCUACGUCGUCAUGUUCAUCUAUGCGUCGCUGGCAUUAGGUUCCGCGAGCCUCUCCAUUUCGUCUUUCCUGAGCAACUCUGCGAAUGCUUUUGUGCAAUCCAAGUUCACCCUGGGCGUGGCUGGCAUCCUGAUCGUUUUGAUGUCCGUCUCUGGCUCCGUUGGGCUUUUCUCGGCCGCUGGAGUCAAAGUCACUUUGAUUAUUGCCGAAGUCAUUCCUUUCUUGGUCCUCGCCGUCGGCGUCGACAACAUCUUUCUGAUCGUUCAUGAAUUCGAACGCGUCAACGUCAGCCAUCCUGACGAGGAGAUCGACGAGCGUGUGGCGAAAGCUCUUGGACGAAUGGGCCCCAGCAUUCUCUUGUCGGCAUCGACCGAGACGAUUGCUUUCGCCAUGGGAGCAUUUGUUGGAAUGCCUGCGGUCAAGAAUUUUGCAGCAUAUGCUGCAGGUGCAGUGCUCAUUAAUGCAAUAUUGCAGGUGACAAUGUUUGUCUCAGUCCUGGCGCUCAACCAACGCCGCGUCGAGAGUCUUCGAGCCGAUUGUUUCCCAUUUGUCACAGUCAGGGGAGCCAAUUCGGUCAGUAUGCCUGGCGGUCAUUUCUUCGGCAGCGAUGAGGAGGGCUGGCUGCAGCGGUUCAUUCGCAAGACGUAUGCGCCCGGCUUGCUCGACAAGAAGGUCAAGACCUUCGUCAUGACUUUCUUCGUCACUCUCCUCGCCGCAGGCAUUGCCUUGAUGCCCAAGGUUCAGCUUGGCCUUGACCAAAGAAUUGCAAUCCCGUCCGACUCGUACAUGAUUCAAUAUUUCGAUGACCUGUACGACUACUUUGGAUCCGGUCCGCCAGUCUAUUUUGUCACACGCGAUGUCAACGUGACCGGAAGAGAGCAUCAGCAGCAACUCUGUGGCAGGUUCACCACUUGUGACGAGUAUUCGCUGUCCUACAUCUUGGAACAAGAAUCGAAGCGACCCGACGUGAGCUACAUCGAUGCAGCGACUGCCAGUUGGCUUGACGACUUCUUCUAUUGGCUAAACCCCAUCUCCGAUUGCUGUCAAAACGAGAACGGAGAGACAUGCUUUGGCGAGGGCGAAUGGAACAUCACCCUCAACGGGAUGCCGGAAGGAGAAGAAUUCGUCUACUAUGCCACAAAGUGGCUCCAUGCUCCAACGGACGAGGAUUGUCCCAAUGGUGGACAAGCCGCAUACUCCAACGCUUUGGUUAUUGACAAAAACAAUACGAACACACCGGCCAGCCAUUUCCGGACCUUCCACACGCCUCUACAGGGCCAGGACGACUUCAUCCAGUCAUAUGCUGCGGCCAGAAGAAUAUCGCACGAUAUUUCCAAACGCCACAACAUCGAUGUGUUCCCGUAUAGCAAGCACUACAUCUUCUUCGAUCAGUAUAGCAGCAUCAUUCGCUUGACUGCGACUCUUCUAUGUGUCGCCGUCGCAAUCAUCUUCAUUCUCGGCUCAUUGCUACUCGGCUCAUUGAUGACAGGAGCUGUCGUCGCGGUGACAGUUAUCAUGAUUGUGGUGGACAUCAUUGGCGUUAUGGCGGUGGCCAAUGUAUCUCUCAACGCAGUGUCUCUGGUCAAUCUGGUGAUAUGCGUGGGUAUUGGGGUGGAGUUCUGCGCCCACAUUGCUCGCGCCUUCAUGUUUCCUAGCAAGUCGGUCAUGGAGCGAGCGAGGCAUAAGUUCCGGGGCAAGGAUCUUCGCGCAUGGACUGCACUGGUCAACGUCGGGGGGAGUGUCUUCAGCGGCAUCACAAUUACCAAGCUCCUGGGUGUGGCAGUACUGGCGUUCACCCGGAGCAGAAUCUUUGAGAUUUACUACUUCCGCAUCUGGUUGGCGUUGGUGAUCCUCGCAAGCACACAUGCGUUGAUCUUCCUUCCGGUGGCAUUGAGUUUCUUUGGUGGAGACGGCUACAUUGACCCCGAAAGCGAAGGCGGUCUCGAGGAAGACCUGGCCAGUCGGCGGUACCGAAGUCUCUUGCCAGACGAUGACUACGAUUCGGACGAGUGA